ACUAAAUCCAUUAACACACAGUUCAUAAGAUCAAUAAAUCAAAAAUACCAUCUUCAGUGCUUCGUGUUUGUGCGUGUCUGCUCUUGUGUGUCACACUUUGUGUGUGCCUGUGUUUGUGGUUUCUUUCAGGUUCACUGUCGCUGUCUGUCAAUUUUUACUGCAAAAUGACAGCGUUUGCCGACCCUUGACCAAGUGACUCUGUAGCUGUGAAGAAAGACCUCAGAUUUCUUGCCCUGUAUCACUGUGUCAUGUCAACCGUAAUCUCCAGACUACAACCCCUCACCUUAUUUUCAUUACUCUUGCCGCCAUAUUUCUGCAUAAAGCAGUUUAUAUUUAUUUCUCUAAAUAUUUGAUUUUUAGUAGGCUAAAACAAACCAUGGGUGUGAGGAGUGGUUAGUGCUCUUUCCAUACAGCAAAAAAAUGUAAUCCUGUGUGGUGACUGAUGUUAUCAAAUGUGCAAGGAUUUUUUUUCAGGUACUCACAAGUGCAGUAAGUUCCAGUUUACUCUAAAUUGGCCAUAGGUUUAAGUGUGAGGGUGAUAUAUAUUGUUUUACUCUAUAUGUGGCCCUAUAGACUGGCUAGAUAGACAGUCCAGGAUGACUCCACCUUUCUCCAUGGACCUGAAAAGAAUUAAAAAGUCAAUCAGGGUUCAGUAUGAAUCACUGGAUCUCCUAUAACUUUCUGUGGCUCAGUUCUUUAGGCCAGUACAUGCAGUAAGUAAAAUUCAGUGCAUUCCAACUAGGGCCAAGUAUUACACCCAAAGAUUUACAAAAUGUUAUUUGGACAUUGAAUAUUAAUUACAGUCUAUAUUUCUAUAGUUCUUAAUAUGAUUGCUAAGUUAUUUGUGUCCCAAAUGUUAAAAUAUGUGGCCAUUGCGUAUCAUUAAUGGAAAUCAACGUGCUAUCUGUGACAAUAUUAUCUACACCAGCGACCUGUCUAACUUAGAAACAAAGGCUAAUGCCUGCUUCCUACUCCAAUAUGAUUAGCUAUGAUCCCAACAUAGACCUGCUUCUCACAGGCUGCUGACAAAUGUUCCAACAACAGCUCAAAGCCUGUUUUGGUGCAGCGGUUCAAGAUUCCACAGGUGCUGUCUCAUGGACUGGGUUGUCUCAAACAGGGAAGGACCAUGACAGUAAAAGGAGGUAUAAAACCUCCUGUAUGGCUGAGUGGCAGUCAGUGCAAACAGACUUUGGAGCAGUGCACACAGAGGUUGAGUAUCUCAUCAGAGAAUCCAAGUAAGCACAGUUCCUGCAGCCACGAUGAGCCGCAGCCCAGAACGGAUCUCGUCCUACAGACGUCACUUUGAGGACAGCAGCAGCUUUUCGCAACAGGUCAGGGUGUCCAGCCCUUCCCCUACCAGGAGAGAUGCACGUCGUGCCUCUACUGGCUACACUUGCAGAGGGGGGCCUGCCAUCAUCCGUGUGGAGUCAGUGGGAAGAAGAACCGGCUCAGCCGUACGCCGUUCUCGUAUGCUUGGAACAGGUGUUGGUGCAGGAGCCAUGGUCUGUGUAGGACCCAGUGGAGAGACUCCUAUAGACCUGGAUGUGGCCUCAGCUGAGAACAAGGCGUUCAUGAACAUACGUACAGGUGAAAGACAGGAGAUGGUUAUUCUCAACGACAGACUGGCUGUGUACAUUGACAAGGUUCGGUCACUGGAGCAGCAGAACAAACUGCUUGAAGCAGAAAUCGAGGCCUACCAGAACCGAUUUGAGAAGCCAUCAGGUCUGCGUCUCUUGUAUGAGGAGCAGCUGAGGGAGCUGCGAAGGAUUGCUGAACAGAUGAGGAGGCAGCGAGACAUUUCCGUGGCGGCUAAGGAUUCCACAGCUGCCCAACUGGAGGCAAUCAAAAUCAAGUAUGAGGAGGCAGUGGAGCUGAGAAAGAAAUCUGAGCUGGAAAUUGAAAAUUUCCGUCCAGAUGUUGAUCAAGCUACUUCUUCCCGUAUUGCUUUGGAGAAGAAACUGGAGCAACUGGAAGUUGAAAUUGAAUUCAUUAAACGGGUGCAUCAACAGGAAAUUGAUGAGCUGAUGAAACAGAUCUACUCGGCUCACGCUUCAGUUCAAAGCACAUUCACGCUGCCUGAUCUGGCAGGUGCACUGAAACAAAUUCAAAACCAAUAUGACGACAUUGCAGCCAAAAAUCUACAGGAAAUGGACUCGUGGUAUAAAAACAAGUUUGAAGAUCUCACAAAGAAAACGUCAGGGCAUGUUGAUAGGGUCAGAAACUUCAGAGACGAAAUAGCGGGUGCCAGAAAGGACAUUCAAAGUAAAGGAAGUGAACUGGAUUCUCUGAGAACAAGGAAUGAAGCUCUUGAAGCCCAAAUCCGGGAAAUGCAGGAAAAGUACCGGAAAGAACUGGAAGACCUGCAGGCCCGAAUUGAGGCAUUACAGCUUGAAUUGAAAUCCACAAAAGAAAAAAUUGCACUGCACCUACGGGAAUACCAAGACCUUCUAAAUAUGAAGAUGUCUCUGGAGAUUGAGAUAACAACUUACAGAAAACUGGUUGAAGGAGAGGACUUGCGACUGACUGGGAGUUUGCAAGGCCUGUCUCUUGCUACCUGCUCCAUGAGUGCUAUUGGUGCAGGGACAGGCUUUGGUGGAGGAAGCAUGGGAGGAGCUGGAGGAAUGGGUGGUGGAUCAAUAGGUGGUAGCGGUACUGACAUGGGUGGCGUGGGUUUUGGAGGGGGAAUGGGUGGUGGAUCAAUAGGUGGUAGUGGUACUGGCAUGGGAGGCAUGAGUUAUGGAGGAGGAAUGGGUGGGGGCUCCAUGAGUGGUACUGGUGGACGCGCUGGUGGCAUGGGAAUGGGAGGAGGAAUGGGGGGGCCCUCAAUGAGUGGUAGCGGUGGAGGGGCUGGUGGCAUGGGAAUGGGAGGAGGAAUGGGGGGGCCCUCAAUGAGUGGUAGCGGUGGAGGGGCUGGUGGCAUGGGAAUGGGAGGAGGAAUGGGGGGGCCCUCAAUGAGUGGUAGCGGUGGAGGCGCUGGUAGCAUGGGAAUGGGAGGAGGGAUGGGUGGUAGUGGUGCUGGUGGAAUGGGAAUGGGAGGGGGAAUGGGUGGUAGUGGUGCUGGUGGCAUGGGAAUGGGAGGGGGGAUGGGUGGGCCCUCAAUGAGUGGUCGCGGUGGAGGUGCUGGUAGCAUGGGAAUGGCUGGAGGAAUGGGUGGUGGCUCCAUGAGUGGUAGCGGUGGAGGUGCUGGUGGCAUGGGAAUGGGAGGAGGAAUGGGGGGGCCCUCAAUGAGUGGUAGCGGUGGAGGUGCUGGUAGCAUGGGAAUGGCUGGAGGAAUGGGGGGUGGCCCCAUGGGGGGUAGGGGUGGAGGCGCUGGUAGCAUGGGAAUGGGAGGAGGAAUGGGUGGUGACUCCAUGAGUGGUAGCGGUGCAGCUCCAGGUCGAAUGGGGAGUGGAGGAGGAAUAGAUAGGGGUACCAGCAUGAGUCCUGUAAGUAUUGAUGGAGUUAGUGAUACAGUGAGUGCUGUUAUAGAUGGAAAGGACCUCGUCAGUAGGGGAAUCGGGACAGACAAGCCUGACAGUCUUGGAUUUGGUGCUGGAGGUUUAAGUGGCAUCUAUGGUGGAAGUGCUGGCCUUGGAAGCCUUGGUGGUGGAAUUGGUGCAGGAAUGGUUGGUGAGGGAAUGGGAACAGGCUCAGGCUCUAUGGGCUCAGGUGGCAUUGGGGGCAGUGGCAUGGACUUUGGUGGGGGUAGUGUAGAAGGAGUAAGAGGCAGUGGAGGAACAGGAGGAACUGAGGGUGGGAAGGCAAAGGCUGGUGGAGGAGUAGGGGACAUCAGUGGCACUGACGUGACGCAUGGAUCAGAUGGAUAUGGACAUGAUGGAAACAUCAAUGCCUAUGGGGAUCAGGCUGUGGAGCUCACGGAGAGAAGAACGGUGCUCAUUAGAACAGUCAAAAAGGAGGGUGACGUGCUAGAAACAGACCACCAGGAGCAGACCUACACCAUCAGUGGUGCAGCCGAUGAGUCUGAAGAUGAGUGAACAGCACAAUUUCCCCAGUGACCUCCUCACUGAACUUAACGCCCACGCCCUCUGAGCUGCGCACUUACCAAAUACCAUGUCUGGGCACUGACCUUUGAUCUUUGGCCUGGUCAAGCAGACCAUGAACAAGCCUUUGCUACAGAGUUAAACCUCCAACUCAUUCUGCCUAUACACAUCCUGGUCCCUUAACUUUUGUGUGAUGUGCACUCCCUCUUUUCUUUACUACAAAUAAAGCUAUCAGCAUUCACUUACCUUGUCUGUCUUUUAUGUGAUGUCUUCUUUAUUAAGUCCGAGGUGCCUUCAGGUACAUGUACAGGUACUAGCAAAAUUAUCCAAAUGAGAGAAUAUUAUAGUUACAUAAUUGUUUCAAGAAUACAAAAGAGGAAAAAAGUAACAAAGUAAUAUGAGUACUCCAAUCAGGACUAUGACAAAACAAAAGUAAUACUGGCCUUAUUGCGCCAUCUAGGUGGAACAUAGCUGAUAUGCAAUAUCAAGUAAGGACA